AUGUCCUCGACCGAUGCCCCUCGCAGCUCUGGGCCAGCCACUGCACCGCCCAAAGGGAUGCGGGAGAAUGGCAAAAACUGGCACGAUACAAAAGCUGCCUUUCGCCCCACCAAGGGCCUAACUUCUUAUGCGCGGCGCCUUGAUGAGCGCAAGGCGAUGGCCGCGAUCAAGGAGAAGGAGAAGGAGAUGAAGGAAGAGAAAGAAGCGGAGAGACAGCGCCGGAUACAGGCUAUCAAGGACAGACGGGCCGCCAAGGAAGAAAAGGAGCGGUACGAAAAGAUGGCCGAGAAAAUGCACCGCAAGAGAGUUGAAAGAUUAAAGAGAAGGGAGAAGAGAAACAAGUUGCUCAAGUCGUGA